CUCUUUCUUCUUUCUUCUUUCUUCUUCAAUUCUGUUACUGAGUCGUUGGACGGUAGGAAGAACUUGAGCAAUUUCAGAUACCGGAAAACAUGGGGUCGAUCCCCGAUCCCGGCGAGUUGACGGAGGUGACUUCGCCGAGUUUCGAUGAGUUUCAGAGGCAGACGUCUCUCAUGACCAGCUGCACUCUGCUCUGGAAGGAACUCUCCGAUCACUUCAGUUGCCUUGAGCAGGACCUCAUGAGGAAAUCUGAGGCCUUGAAGAGGAAAAUCCAGGCGCUGGACCAUGAAACCAAGGCUUCUCUUGACUCACUGAAGAAACGCGAGGUGACUAUCAACGGCAGUGUUGAGAUCACACUCGAUAGAGUUGAGGAGCAUGCGAAAGCUGCCUUGAAGUCGCUGGAGGAGGACGAAAAUCCGGAUGGUGAGGUGGAUGAUGGAGACGGCAUGUUGACGCUUCUGAAAUCUUUGUGUUGGAAAAUGGAGGCGAGGGAGUUCUGGAAAUUCGUGACGGCAAGGAAGAAGGAAAUUGAUGUCUUGAGGGAGAAAAUUCCGGAGGCUUUGGCAGAGUGCGUUGAUCCGGCGAGGUUUGUCUUAGAAGCCAUAUCGGAGGUCUUUCCGGUGGAUAAAAGAGGGAGUGAGAGAGGGAAUGACCUAGGGUGGGCUUGUGUUUUGAUGCUGGAAAGCUUGAUUCCGGUGAUGGUGGACCCUCUUAUUGGGAAGUCGAGGCUGCUUGUGACGCCUAGCGUGAAGGAGAGGGCUAAGAAGAUCGCACAUACAUGGAAAGCCAGUCUUGAGGAGAGGGGAGGGAUUGAGAAUGUGAAGACUCCUGAUGUGCAUACUUUUUUGCAGCAUUUAGUGACAUUUGGGAUUGUAAAGAAGGAGGAUUUGCAGCUAUAUAGGAAGCUGGUUGUUGGGUCUGCCUGGAGGAAGCAGAUGCCGAAGCUGGCGCUGUCCCUGGGGCUAGGUGAUGAGCUGCCGGACAUGAUUAAAGAAUUGAUCAGUAGGGGACAACAGCUUGAUGCGGUCCAUUUCAGUUAUGAAGUUGGCCUAGUGGACAGAUUCCCCCCAGUUCCAUUGCUGAAAGCUUUCUUGAGGGAUGCAAAGAAGGCUGCGGCUUCUAUUUUGGAGGAUCCUAAUAACCCUGGCCGGGCUGCACAGCAACUUGCUGUACGCAAAGAGCAGUCUGCACUCCGAGCAGUCAUCAAGUGCAUUGAAGAGUACAAACUAGAGUCUAAGUUUCCUCUAGAAAACCUCAAGAAGCGCCUUGAGCAGCUAGAGAAAGCCAAGACUGAAAAGAAAAGGCCUGCUGCAGUCCCUGCUAACAAGCGAACAAGGGCAAGCAAUGGUGGUCCUAUGCCUCCAGCCAAGGCUGGCCGCUCAACAAAUGCAUAUGUAUCAUCUUUUCCUUCACCUCCCACAUACGUGAGGUCUCCCUCCCAUGCCCAAUACCCUGCUGCAGUCCCACCAUACCCCUCCCCACCUGCCCCACCUGCUGUGUACGGAAACAUGAGCCCUUCCUAUCCUUACUCACCAGAAGCAGCCCCUCCCUUCGGUGGAGCUUACCCUGGUGCCCCAAUGAACUAUCCUGCAUACGGGGGUUACUGCAAUGCAAUGGCACCAGCCUAUCAGCAGGCUUACUACCGAUAGACAUGACUACUCUGAAGAUGGUAACCACUGAUAUGAUGACACCACCAAGGCACCAACCAAUCUCAUUUACUUUUGCAAUGGCUUGUUUGUAAUCACUAACCGUUUUAAUGGUAGCAAUAUCUGUGUGUUAAUUAUAAACUUAUAACUCUUAGGCUUCUUGCUUUGGCAGUGGUAAGAAGCUGUAUUUCUAAUGUUGAUCAAACUCUAGUACUAGGUUAUUGUGAAAAGUAAUCAUGAUGGAAGCAUAACAAAGUUGAAUCUCAAUGCACUUAAUGUAGGAUUAGUUGUUGAAAGGCAUUCUUCCCUUUCUUGUUGAUAUUUAAUGUUUGCUCUUGGAUUGUGUGUUCCGAAUGGAACAAAUGCCACUAGUAGCG